AUGACGGCGCCCGGCGAAGAUAUGGAAAUGGAGAAAAUGGCAGAAGACGAGCUAGCCAAGCUGCGGAGACAGUUUCGCGUGAUGGAGGUGGACCGCGGCGCCGUGGGUAGGAGCGCGCGCCCCGCUCUGCGUCGCCAACGCGGACAGCUGCGCGCGCUGUCCGCCGACCUCGACCGCAUCUGCGAUCGACUCCAACGGAGCAGAGGGGCCGCUGCGCUGCUGCGCUCCGAAGACCGCCUCCGGUUAUUGCUCGCCGAGCGCGACGAGUGCGCGGCCCGCGUCAGGGAGUCGCGAGCCAACGUCGCCGAACUUGAUUUUCUCUCGAAACAGGUGCAGAAAGAGAUCAAGCGACUUCGGUCGAAGGGGACGGCGUCGGAGAGCGACGGCGGCGCUCUCGGCGAUCGGACCGUCGUCGCUCGUCUGGAGAACAGGCUCAACACCGCGAUCACCAAGUUUGACACCGUCAACGGCGAAAACUACGAUAUGCGUCUUCGAAUAGACCGGCUCCUGCGCGACCGCCAGUUCUUCAACGGCCUCCGGAAGACUCGGAUGAGGAGGCUGACGGAGGGUAAGGCUGAAAUACUGGAGCUGGUCGAGCAGGCGAUCGGGACGUACGAUCAGCGCGAAGAGUGGUGCGCCAGGUUGGAAGCCCUCGAGGAGAGAGCGGCCGUCGACCGCCGAAGACACCGGCUGGAAGUCCGAGAGCUUCGACGGCGACUCGACCACGGGGCGAAACUCGAGGAGUUCCUGCGCACCAAGGGCACCGUCAGGCUGACCGCGGCCGACGCCAAGGCCGAGGCGAAGAGGCUCGAGCGCCAGGAGAUGGAGACGCGGACUCGCGACAACUACGUCGACAUCCUCGACGCGCUCGAGGAGUACGCGGGGGAGACGGACGUCGACCGCCUGAUGCAGGAGUUCACUCGGCGCGAAGAGGAGAACUACGCUCUCUUCAACUACAUCAACGAAGUCAACAGCGAGCUGAAAAAUCUGAGCGACAACGUGGAGACGCUCGAGGCCGCCGUCGCCGAGGAGCACGCGAAGCGUCGGGCCGAGCUGAGCAAGCGACGGGACAGUGCCGGGGCGCUGCGCGCGACCCUGCACGAGAAGAGGGGCGAGAGAGAGAGGCUGCGGGUCGCGUGCGACAAGACGCGGCGGGCGUCGGCCGAGCUGCUGGGCCGAGUGCGAACGCUGGCCGCGGCGGCUCGGUGCGACGCCCUGCCGCUGCUCAGGCUACUGGGCCGCUCCUCGGACGUGAACGAGAGCAACGCGCGGCUCUACGUCGAGAGCCUCGAGCGACGAGCGGCGGAAUGCGCGGAGGCACUGCGGGCGGAGGAGCGCCCGGCGGAUAGCAAGGAGCGCACGCCGCGCAGGCGGCGACGCCCGGAGCCCUCCCCGCGGCGGUAGCCCCCGAA